AUGAAUUUGAACAUAGAGAGGGAUUUGACAGGAUUUUGUAUUAAAUUCGAGGUUAGACCAGUUAAUUUUUUUAUGCUAAGAAUAAUGAAACUUUGUAUAUGGAUUUUACUGCAAAUAUUGGGCUACUUCCUAAUACAUUACAUUUCUCUUAGAGAGAAGGUGAUCUUCGUAAAAAUAUUAUUCUCUUCGAUCACCUUAUUCUUAAUAAGAACUCCAACAAUUGAUUCUUUUUACGUUUUCAGAGAUUAUGGUAUCCAAAUAUCGACUACUAGAGGUUGUGUACUUCUUCCCCAAAAGUUAAACGAUGUUUUAUUCGAGACGAAGACCUUUAUACCAACUGAUGAGAUAGUAGAUGUUGUCAUUAAUGAGGGGAUUCAAGGGUUUUCUGUCAUAUUUUAUCUCUGUGCAAUCGUUAAAAGAUCGAAGAAAUUGCAUAUAAUAUUCCCGGUAUGUAUAUCCACAUAUCCAAAAAUUCUGAGAGGUAUAUUUUACUAA